UUUUUUUUUUUUUUCUUUCGUUCGAAGAGGCAGAGAGGAGAUGGCGGAGCGUGAAAAGAGGCUGGUCAGUCUCUUGUGAACACUCAGAAUCUGCCACCACUUGUUGUUUAGACCAAAUCAAUCCUCUCAGUCCUCUACUCCUCCAUUUCUGGAAUUAAACAAAGAAAUUUAAAAAAACACUUUAAAAUAGCAAUAUCCAUUCAAUAUUCAACUACACUCCCUCAACUCUUCCAUUUAUAUUUUCUCUUAAGAUAACAAACCGUACCCAGUUACCACUUUCCUCUUCCUGUAAUGGCGGAGACCUUCAACGUUCCCUUUUCAUGUCUCCCAUUUUUAUAUCCUUAACCUUUUUUUAUAUGUUCAUCUCCUGCACUUCUCCAUUUUUUUUCUUUAACAUUUUUUUUAUCUUGUGCACUAGUAGGAGUCUCAUGUUCAGCUGUUUGCUUUCUACUGUUAUUUUACUUGGAGAGUGAAAAGCUGUCUGAAGCUCAGGGUCACCUUCUUCAUCAGGAGGAGAUAAGCAUAGAACAUGGAAGGAAAGUUUUGUACUGUGACUUUAUCACAAGAUCCCCAGGAGUUCUGUUACAGAUAAAAAUGGCGAAGGACUACGUUGGAUCCCCAAAGCAACAUCAGCUUGAAUCCAAGAGGAAACGUCUAACUUGGAUCUUGGGCAUCAGCGGCCUCUGCGUAGUUUUUUACGCUUUGGGAGCUUGGCAGAAUAGCGCUCCUCCCACCAGUCGAUCUGAGAUGUAUAGUAGAGUAGGUUGUGAAGUUGCAAGCCCUGGAGCAGCAGUUAAUAAUCCAUCAUCAUCAUUAUCGUCAUCAUCAUCAUCCUCAUCUGUUGCCUUAGACUUCAAUAGCCACCAUCAGAUUGAGAUAAACAAUACUGACUCGGUUGCUAAUUUUCAACCAUGUGAUAUGUCCUACAGUGAGUACACUCCCUGUCAACAUCCACAAAGGGGAAGAAAAUUCUCGAGGGACAUGAUGAAAUACAGGGAGAGGCAUUGCCCUACAAAGGAAGAACUUCUUUUUUGCCUGAUUCCUGCUCCCCCAAAAUAUAAGACUCCCUUCACAUGGCCUCAGAGCCGUGACUAUGCCUGGUAUGACAAUAUCCCACACAGAGAACUAAGUAUUGAGAAGGCCGUGCAGAAUUGGAUUCAAUUAGAGGGUAAUCGCUUCAGAUUCCCUGGUGGAGGCACCUCGUUCCCUCUUGGAGCUGAUGCAUACAUAGAUGAUAUAAAUGAGCUUAUUCCUCUUACUGGUGGAACCAUCAGAACUGCAAUUGACACAGGCUGUGGUGUCGCAAGUUGGGGUGCCUACCUGUUGAAACGGGACAUUUUGACUAUGUCUUUUGCACCAAGGGAUACACAUGAAGCCCAGGUCCAGUUUGCAUUGGAGAGAGGAGUUCCUGCUAUGAUUGGCAUCCUGGCUUCGGAAAGGCUUCCUUUCCCAGCAAGGGCUUUUGAUAUGGCUCACUGUUCCCGUUGCUUGGUACCUUGGAACGACUAUGAUGGUUUAUAUCUAAUUGAAGUGGACAGAGUCUUGAGGCCUGGUGGUUAUUGGAUUCUGUCUGGACCUCCGAUUAACUGGAAGAGCUACUGGAGAGGUUGGGAAAGAACCAAAAAAGAUUUGAAGCAAGAACAGGACGCUCUCGAGAAUUUAGCCAGGCGGUUGUGCUGGAAGAAAGUGAUUGAAAAGAAUGAUCUCGCAGUUUGGCAAAAGCCCAUCAAUCACAAGGAGUGCAUUAGAAGCAGGAAGGUUUAUAAAACACCACACAUAUGCAAAUCAGACAACCCAGAUGCUGCAUGGUACAAGAACAUGAAAGCUUGCAUAACCCCGCUACCAGAGGUGAGCAGCAAUGAUGAAAUUGCUGGUGGUGCACUGGAGAAAUGGCCAGAGCGUGCAUUUGCGAUACCUCCCAGAAUUCGCAGCGGCUCCAUACCAGGCAUCACUGAAGAGAAAUUCAAGCAGGAUAAUGAGCUGUGGAAGGAAAGAGUGACGCAUUAUAAGCAUAUGAUCAACCCCCUGAGCCAUGGGCGAUAUCGGAAUGUAAUGGACAUGAAUGCUUACCUCGGUGGAUUUGCGGCUGCACUGUUGAAAUAUCCCGUGUGGGUUAUGAACGUUGUACCUGCCAAUUCGGAUCGAGACACACUUGGUGUUAUAUUCGAACGAGGGUUGAUUGGGACAUAUCAGGAUUGGUGUGAGGCAAUGUCGACAUAUCCAAGAACAUAUGAUCUCAUACAUGCCAGUGGAGUUUUCAGCAUAUAUCAGGACAGGUGCGACAUCUCAUAUAUCUUGCUGGAGAUGGACAGAAUUCUAAGGCCGGAAGGGACAGUUAUAUUUAGGGACAAUGUAGAAAUCCUUGUGAAGAUACAGGGCAUAACAAAUGGGAUGAAAUGGAAAAGCCAGAUAAUGGACCACGAAAGUGGACCAUUUAAUCCUGAGAAAAUUCUUGUCGCAGUCAAAAGUUACUGGACUGGCGUUGCUUCUCAAAAACAACAGUAGUAGUAGGUCUCUUUCUAUUUCUUGGAACCAUUCAUUUUCUCUAGCUUCAAUCAAAUUUUGUUCAAUAGUAUAUACUUCUUGAAACGAGAGAAAGGAUAGUUUUGCCGAAGCCCUGUACCUUAUUUAUCGAAUGCUAAUAUUUUUUUUUUUCUUACUGUGUUAUAUCAUGAUUAAUACUGUAUUUUUUUAAGAAAAAAAAAUAGAAUGGUAACUUCUUUACAUUUUCA